AUGAGCAACCAGGAAAGCAGCAACGGGCGUGUAUACACUGAAGAAGAGUUGUCAGCGGAAUUGAACAAAAUGAUCACGAAAGUUUUCACCGAGAACCAGCUUCCCAGCUACUCCAGCAUGCCGAAAGUGGUGCAAGAUCACCUGGCGGAAGACUUGUUUGAGUUGAAGGAAGAAGUGUUGGAGUACGUGAUGAGAAUGUCGGAGUUUGGUACCAUUCGUCCCGAAGAUAUCCAGCGGAUGUUUCGGGUGCUCGGGAACAAGAGGAGGAACAAGAGGGUCUACAAGAGGAAGAGCAAGAGGAACUAA